AUGGUUCCUUCUGCAUUGUUCUUCACUGCCUUUGGUAGUCUUAUCAGUCGUUCUCUUACACAGUCGUUGGUCAAUAACGUCAAUGCGGAGGUGACAGUUGCAUCUGCAGCUACAUCAGUGAUCCUCAGUGCAAGUCCAGCUUCAUCAGGCUCCGCAGCAUCUGGCGCGGGUCGAGCUGUUACUCAGAUUUCCGAUGGUCAGAUCCAAGCGCCAGGAUACUCCACCACUUUGCCUAACGGCACGCUGAGCGCUACCCCGGGUGUUGUAUCGUCUAAUGCCACGUCUACCGUCGAUGCCGCCGCAGCCUCUGUCAGUCCCAAUGGCGGCAUACUUUCCAUCCCACCAAACAGCACUACCCCAGAUCAAUCGAAGCUAGCGCAAAGAAACGAAUGUCAGGCUCUGAUAGACGAUCAACUCCCUGCAAAGAACAGUAUUCCUACCAACUUCAAGUUCUCUGGCAAUGUGAGGACCUACUUCGUCGCCGCUGAAGAGGUGGCCUGGAACUACGCACCUAGUGGAUGGGACAACUGGCUCGGUGUGCCUGUUCAGAACUCUCCCCACGCUGCGGCUGCUGGGUACCUCAAUAUCACCGGCUCUCUUGGAUCAAAUUGGGGCAUGGAGUGGCAGAAGGCUGUGUACAAGGGAUACACCGACAGCACCUUCUCGGCUCAGAGCGAGCAACCCGCGACAAAUGGUAUCAACGGUCCCAUUCUCCGUGGCGAGGUCGGCGACAUAAUUCAGAUCAUGUUUGUCAACAACCUUGAGAAGAACUAUGCAUCGAUGCAUAGUAUGGGCCUCUACUAUGGCAAGCAGUAUGAAGGAUCUCUGUACCCCAACACUACCGACUCCGAGACGCCAAAGGUUCAAGAGCAGGAUGCCGUUCCUCCCGGUGGCUGUGCGAUCUACAAGUGGCUCAUCUCAGACUCUCAAGCACCAGCGCCUGGUCAGAGUAGUCGUCUCUGGUCCUACCACAGUUUCGUCAAUAUGCCUGCUGAUACAUCUGCCGGCCUCUCUGGUCCUAUCAUCGUCUACAACAGUGGAGAGAUGAACAGCACCAUGUCUGCUCAUCGCGAGUUUGUCGUCACUACCAAUACCCACUACGAAGCACGAUCUUUCAUGGCGGGCACCAACGCAAAGAAGGCUGGUGUCGAUACUAGCAGCAUGCGUCCUACCAACCAGCUUGUUCAGCCUUACAUCGGUAACGAGUCUUUCUGGGUACCCCAGUUGACCAACUUCCCCGAGAUCCAGCUCAGCGAUGCUCAAGGACCCAACUUCUACACCAUGAAUGGUUAUGUCUUUAGCAACGGCGCGCCUUACGAGAUGUGCCGUGACGAUCCGGUCAUCUGGUACGUGAUGGCGUUUGGCGGUGCUUCCCACGUCUUCCACUUGCACGGUAACAAUUUCCAGUAUAACGAUAUCUGGCAAGCUAGUCAGAGCAUCAAUGCUGGGGAGAUGUUCACGUUCAACAUGAACGCUCAGCUACCGGGUGUGUGGCAAUUGCUCUGCCAUGUUAGUUCGCACAAUCUGUUUGGUAUGCAACAGAACUAUGUCGUGUACGGUACCGAGGAGGAUGGAGAGAAAUGCCCGUUGCCACCCCUGACUGCCAAGUUAGCUGGCAGCCCUUGA